GUGGGCAAGCGAGGGUGGCAGCGGCGGGAGAGAGAGGAGUGACGCGGGUGACCGCACGAGAAAUCGGAGCUCCCGAGUGAAGUGACACUUGUUUUCGCUUCUCCCUCGAUCCUAGGCGUUCUCGCGAUUGAGAGGAACAGGACUCCCGCCUUCCCCCCUCCCCUUUGCGACCCCGCGCGAUUGUUCGGCGAUUCGGCUUGAGCGAUGAAUGACGAAUUCGGAAGGGCCAUUCGUAACGAUCCGGCUCGUUAGGGAAAAUCGAAGUCGUAGGCGGGGCCUAAGGUCGGUGGACACGUGACGCGGAAACUGUCACGCCGCCCUUGCCCUCCCUUCGUUCUCCCCCCUCCACGCGACCGAAAUCCAGCGCGACCGACCCACGCUUCCUACCGUGAAGCGAAUGUGUCGUCCGCGAGCGGACGACGACUGUUCUGACGGACUCGCACGCGUGUGCGUGUACGUGUGUGAGGAUUUCCACGCGGAAUCACAUUGGGAAAUUCCACGAUGUGGGACUAAGACGAUCACGAAUGCUCCGGAGGAUUAUACGUCAGCUAUGCGUUUACAGCGCGCGCCGAAUGCGUUCCUCGCGCCGAAUGCGACGCUCUGACGGAAUUCUCGCAGCGAGAGAGAACGCUUCUAUCCUCCUAAUCCAUUCCUUUCCGAUUCGCGGGAAAGCUGGACCAUUCCAGGGAUUCAAGUAACUUUCGCAAUUAAAUAAUGCGCAUCCGAUCCCACUAUCAUUUGUCCACGACAGUGUUUUCCGCUUGGCCUUGCUCGCGCAAUCUCGCAGUUAAUCAACAGCCGAUUUUUUCGCCCGACAAUUGCAACCCGACGACGACCGUAUCAUCAAUUCGCAGGACGAUGACGCCGUCACGGUCGUACGAGGAACGCCGCCGCGGUGUCGAGUCGGCGUGAACCUCCCGAGAAUGCAGCAGGCCAGCGUAGGUGGCUGCGACGAGGACUCCGGUACGACGAGUCCCACGGCGAGAUCGCCGGUCGGUUUCGCGAUCAAGAGCGAACCCGGCGUAGACAGGAACGACGGUGUGAGGGUUAAAGUCGAGAUGCCCGAGCCCACGGAGGCCGGCGUCGAGGUCAAAGGUGAACCCCGGGAGGAUUAUCUGCGGCAGCAGCCGAGUAACGACGGUUAUCACUACGGCGACAAGAAGCCGGGAUACGUUCUGGACGCUCCCGGACAGCCGCCGCCAGUAUCGGCGCCGCCACCGCCGCCGCCUCAUCAGGGAUACCGUCCCGUGGGACUGCCCAAUUCUUUCGGCUUCCCUCCUUUUUACGGGCAUCAUCAUCCGGCCAUGAUGCCGGCGUCGUUCCCGACCGGACGUCCGUCGUCGGACGGGCCGAUCGGCAAGAUCGGCGAUCGCCACGAGCAGACGACGCACGUCGAUCGACACGCGGCUGCCGCCGCUGCCGCUGCCGUUGCCUAUGGCAGAUUGCCACCGAUCCACAACGACGGCUUCCUACACGAGUCCCAUCAUCAUCGCUUCGAUGCCGGCGACUUCCAUCAGCACGGCGUGCCGUAUCCGGGUUUCCGGCCCACCAUGCGCUCGUAUGGCAAUCAUCAGAACAACAGCGCGUACAGCAGAAGCGGCCACUAUCACCCGGCCAGACAGCGCAAGUGGAGCAGCUCCGCGUUCCGCGGGCUUCAUCCACCGAUGCCCUGGCCCACGUGGUUUUUCCGCCCAGAUCUUUCGCUUGGCACGCCACUACCGACGAGUCACGUUCCAAAUUCGAGUAACGUUCCUACUUCGUCGCCUCUGCCAUCUCGGACGCAUCUGGAUGCUCCGAAAGGGCCGGAGCUUCCUUCCAACAGCAACAAAGUCCAUGGACAGACGCCAACGAUAUGCACAUCCAUUCGCUGCACGGUGAACGGCUGCUCCUGCGAAUCCUUCACACCCGGGAAACGUCAUCUGCGCUACUGCGAGAACUGUCAUCAUGGAUGGGUGCCUCACGCGCUGGCGCGACUAUCAAGCAUCCACCACCAACAGCAGCAACAGCAACAGCAGCAGCAGCAGCAGCAGCAGCAGCAAUAUGCUCAACAACAGCAGCGGCUCGGUGGUGGUGGUGGUGGUGGUGGGGCAGGUAGUGGGGAUGUCGUCUCCAGCCCUCGCUCUACUGGUAGGGAGGACAAAAGCGUCGUAGGGAGGGUAAAACACCCGGCGUCGGUGACGACGACGGCGGCGGCGGCGACGACGACGACGGCGACGCCGACGACGACAACGACGACGAUGACGGCACCGGCGACUGGUAGUGCAGCAAGUGGAGGAGGGGGAGCUAGCGGUGGUGGAGGUGACGGCGGCGGCGGAGGUGGCGGUAGUGGUGGUGGCAGUGACAGUGGUAGUGGUGGCGGCGGUAUACCCGGUGGGGAUCGUAACGGCGGCGGCGGCGGCGGCGGCGGUGGUGGUGGAGGUGGUUGUGUCGGUGGUGGUGGCGAAGUCGCGGAGAAGGAGGAGAGGCCACCGGCUUCAGAGACUGUCGAGCCGACGGCCGCGUUUGACGUCGCAUCCCUCGUACUCUACGGCUCGCGCGCACUGCCGAUACGCCUUAAGAUCUUGCUCGAUCAGUUGUUCAACCAGUUGCCCCCCGCGCAAGUGACACGUAUACUAGCUGCCUUCGGUUGGACCCACGAGGAUUACACGCGAGGAUACAUACUGCAGGACUCGCAGAACGGCCCGGUGCUGGACCGAUGGAGUAUCUGCUCGGCUGAGGAGGAACCGCUGGUCCUGCAGCAGUUCCUCAGGUUCGCCGAGACGCGUCCCUUUGUGCAGCAGCUGCUGCUGGCCGCCGGAACGCCGGGUACGGAUGCUAUGUCACCAAGCAGACGACCUUCGCCACCGACGAUGCCACUAGCACAUCUGCCACCUCCGUUGCAUAUGCUUCACUGUGGCCUACCACCGCCGGGUUCCCGGCUGCCACCUCCGCUACCACCUCCGCCGCCGCCGCCGUCGUCGUCGUCGAUCUCGCAUCCCUCGAUGUCGCCAACGGCGCAGAAACACUACUCCUCGUCGACGGGGAAUCCCGGCGGCGGUGUCAGCAGAGCAAACUCGCCCCCGCGCUCGUUGGACUCGCAUCUAACGGUAUCGCCAUUGAAUCGGCUGCAGAGCAUGCAGCCGUUCGACUUCCGGAAGCUUGGCACCCUCGGACUGCCGGCGUUUCCGCCGUUACCGCCGCCGCCCCCAUCCGCGGAACAGAUCCUGCAAAAUCGAAAGUCCAUGAGGAAUCCACAGAGUCCCCAUAGUCCGCCUCAUCACUCGUCCGCGGCGUCACAACUGCAGAGGCCGCACAUGCCUGUCGCGCCAGUCUCCUCGUCGGCAUUGACCUUCGGUCAUCCGCUCUCGGUUGCAGUUUCUUCCGGGGCGCUACCACCAAGCUUUCCAACGCACUUCCCGCCACCGCCGAUGGGCAAAUCACCCGGCAGCAUCGGCGGCGGACUUACCGUGCCCGGGGACGUGCACAGCGGCGGCGAGAAGAGCAGCGAUUUCGGCUCGGAGGAGGACGAAGACGACGAUGAGAACUCCGACAGCGCGUUGAACCUCAGCAGACGAGACUCCGCUAUGUUGAAGCACGGGAUUUCCUCCGAGCAACGGCAUCCACCGCCGUUAUCGCUCCAGGCCACACCGUUGGGCAGGCCGCCCGGUAUACCUGGCAGGAAACCGCACUCUCCGGGCAAGCGACCGGGCAGCCAAUGGGGCGCCGCCGCGAACAUGCCGCCGAACCUCGGCACACCCUUCAUCAAUCCCACCACCGGCAAGAAGCGCGUGCAAUGCAACGUCUGCCUGAAGACCUUCUGCGACAAGGGCGCCCUGAAGAUCCACUUCAGCGCGGUGCACUUGCGCGAGAUGCACCAAUGCACCGUCAAGGGUUGUAGCAUGAUGUUCAGUUCGCGCAGAUCGCGCAACCGACACUCCGCGAAUCCGAAUCCAAAGCUACACUCGCCGCAUCUACGUCGCAAGAUUUCACCGCACGACGGUCGCUCGUCCAUGGCGCACGCCUUGGUACUGCCGCCGCAGGUGGGACUUCCGGUACCAGCUACCGGACUGAAUCAUCUGCCCUUCGGCUCGUUUCCGUUGCUCACACCGCCGCCGGAUCUCCGCUCACCGGCGUCGCUGUGCGCGCUAGACUUCAAGCAUCUAGAUUUGUCGUCGCAGGCUGGUCAGGGUAGACCGUACGACGAUGCGCUGCAGCAAAGAAUGUCGAACACGUGUCUGUCGACGACCACGGCCUCGACGACGAUGCCGGUGCCGAUGUCGAGCGUCGCGGCGAUCACGACCACAACAAUGGCGCGAGGUUCGUAUUCCGGUGGCGGCGCGUCCAUUAGCGCGGUCUCGCCGUCCACUCAGGCGUCGUCCAUGAUACCAGAGGGUGAAGAGGACGAUGACGACGACGACGGCGGUAUCGUCGUAGUCGCAGAAGACGAGACCAGCAAUCUGCCAUCGAGGUUGCAGCGUGCCGACGACGACGAGCAGCCGGCCGACUUCAGUUUGGCGAAGCGGCCGAAGCUCUACUUCGGCGACAUCGCCGACGAAGACAUCGCCAGUAAUCCCGACAGCAACGAGGACAACGAUUCGAUGGGCACGAUCGACCAACAGCCCUUCUCCGUGAACCAACAUUCGCUCAACUCGAGUUCCUUCCACAGCCGGGGCGUGCGCAAGAGGAAAUCUCAGCAUCCCACGAGGUGCGCUGUGCCGGCGGAAGUGCACUCCUCGUCCACCGAUGGCGACUCUUCCAACGACGAGGAGCAGCGAAUUCAACGGCGGUGUCUGUCGGACGGCAUCGUCGCGCCAAUAGCGGAUUUUCAAAAUCAACCGGAGGACAUGUCGAUGUCGAGGCUCGAGGCGGAGGAGCGGAAGAUGCUUCCCGGCUCACCAAAGAAUCAAAAAGGUGGCUUUCACGAUCGCGAGUCGAACUCGCGCUCUCCGGACGUCGGCAACAGAGAGCGCGAGGUCGCAGCUAGCAAUCGACGCGACACGCUCUCCUCUCAAGACAACGUGGAGGAGCUACCUCAGGACGAGCCGCGUGACUUAAGUUCGAGGGCGAGCUCGGUUAAGUCUCCGAAACGGCAGAUUACCCCGGAACCAAAGAGCGACAACGCGCCGUCGUCGAGUACGACAUCGAGCGGGGCGACGACGGUGACGACAACAACGACAACGACGACGAAGGAUCCUGACGCGACGUUGUCGGAACUGAAAGAUCGACGACUGAGCGCGGAAAGCGACGAGACGACGACGAGGGUGAAAGACGAGACGAUCGCGAAAAAGGAACACGCCGAGGUGACGCAGGAGGACGGAAGGCCGACGAGCAACGAGGUGCACCAGGAGGACGAGGAGGACGACGAUGAUGAGCCCAUGGAGGAAGUCGAGGAGGAUGAGGAGGAGGAGGAGGAGGUGGACGACGCGCUGCGCAAUCAAGAAGGUGAGCGUCCCGAUGAUCCCCCCCGUGCCCCGAGCUCGGUCGACAGCCGUCCGACGACAGCCGACGACCUCUCCCACGACUCCUCGACCAACACUUUGCGUCAACUCGAGUCCUUGUCGCAGGGUCGAUGCGCGAUGCCGUACGCCGAGACGCAGCGGGAGGCUUCGAGGUCUGGCCGCGGCUCUACCAGCCCUAUCAGCCUCACGACCCACCAGGAGAUCACCAUGGACAACUCCUCACGUGGCUCUCGUUCAUCCAGCGCCUCACCCUCCACAGCGGCCAUGGAUACGGACAAUAGCCUGAUCACGUACGCGCGCUACGAGAACGGCGGCUUUGUCAGCACCCAGGAGGUGCCGCUCGACCGUGAGAAUCCGCGCCGUUGCACCGCCUGCGGCAAGGUCUUUCAGAAUCACUUCGGCGUAAAGACCCAUUAUCAGAACGUCCACCUCAAGCUGAUGCAUCGCUGCAGCGUGGACGGCUGUAACGCGGCCUUUCCCUCGAAACGAUCUCGCGAUCGCCACUCGGCAAAUCUCAACCUGCACCGGAAACUGCUAUCGACCUCAUCGAGCCCGCCACCACUUUCCUCCAGUCUGCCGUCGAGCCUGUCACCGCGCGUCGACGACUCGCAGAUGAAUCCGCUGCUGCACAACGAGUUCCUGGCAAGACUCUACGCGGAUGCUAGUAUCGGCGCGUUGGGUGCAUAUCCCUUAGCACCCGGACUGCCAUCCGCGGUCGACUUGGCAGCUCGGAUACCACCGCCGCACCCGCUCCUGCUGCCGCCGCAUCUCGGCGCCACGUUCCCGGGUCUGUCCUCAUUCGCGUCUCACUUAGCCGGCCUGAACGGCCUCACCCAUCAACAUCUAAAUCACCUGACGAGACUGACCCAGGAACAGGGAAACAGGCACGCAUCCGUCUCAGGCUCGCCCGUGUCCUCGCCGGGGUCGGACGAUCGCAAGGAGGAGGCCAGGUGCACCGUACCCGGGUGCGAGCGGGUCUUCGGCUCCCGGGCCGUACGGGACGCGCAUUCCAGGGACCCUCAGGCUCACCGUGACCUGCCGAUCUUGUCCUCUAGUAGCGGCUCGUGACCGAUCUCGUUCUGCGGCCGCAGACACGAUUAUUAUCCUCUACUGUGAUGCCAAAAUCUUAACUCGGCGACUCGAUUCGGCCGAUCGAUCACCGAUGAUCUCGUUUUUGAUUAGGAUCGGCAGAUCUAGACGCGGUCUUCCCCACGAACGGGGCACGCUCGUUGCCCCUAUUCGAACGUUCCAUUCGAACGUGCGUAAAAACGUGCAAUAUCGAGCGGAGUGCGUGCGGAAUGAUCGAACCAUCAACGUGGCCGACAUGAAGCGGUCUCGUUGAUCAACGCCUGCCCAUGGAGUAAACGAGCCAGUUCCAAUGCGGUAAUAUCUGCCUGCCAGUUUUUCCCAUUUCUCAGACUUAUACGUCAGAACGCAACACGCGAGUUGUUGGGCUAAUCUAGUCAAUUUGGAAAUCUCGAUUUCGUGCGUUGUCGGAAACGACGGUAGUAGUCGCGCGCUGAAUUGCUGCCGGUUUAUUUCGCUCGAUUAAUCGGACUAACAUGCAAACUAUUAUGUGAACUAGCAUCAAUCUUUAAACUCGUAAUAAUGAUGUUGAAUUAUUAAAUCAAGAGAAAUUUGAAGACCGCAUACGUUUGACGAACUAAAUUUUUCAAAAGAAACAAACGAUUAUUAUAGAUUUUUAUUUGAACUAGAAUGUUUUUUUGUAAUGAUACGCGGAAACACAUCGCAUAAAACAUAUUUUCGCUUUUUGAGCAAAAUUAGAUAAUUUUAGUUUAAA